UAGCGAUGCGAGGAGCCCCUAGUAGCUUCUUGUUCCUAGUAGUGAGAAGUGCCAGGCCGCACUGCCAAAACUGGAAAGUGCCCCUGCGGAAUCCAUGGAGCAGUCAGAUGAAAAGCCACGCAAAUCAAGGAAGAGUCGUCGUCAAAGAGAAGGAAAGCUCAGAUCGCCCGAUGGGCCCGAUGGAAAGUCAGUCCCUUUGCAGGAGGCAGACCACUGGCAGCUUCAGCAGCACAGCCAGUUGGAGCCUGAAAGCGCAAGCUAUGGCAGCUAUGGCGGCUUCUACGAAUUGCUGUGCUUGCUUUUUGGUCACCCACGAGAAUGACCUUUCAAACUGGCAGCAUGCCGUGGAUCGUUUGGAUCUCCGUGUUUGCUUGCACAAAGGCAGAUUUGACUGAAAAAGACUUCUCGAUUGAUUGGCUGGGUGGUUGGCACUCCCAGUAUCGACAGGAUCAUAAAAUUAUGUCAUGGCUGUACAGCGAAGAGCCUGCUGAUGCUUGGUACUCCUUCUCUGCUGGAGAAAGUACUCGCCAAGGAGUUUUUGUUGAACUCGGUGCUGGAGAUGGUCUUGAUAAGAGCAAUAGUUUAGCUUUCGAGCAAAAGCUUGGAUGGACAGGCCUAUUGAUUGAGCCUUCUUCGAAGCUAUAUCAACAGCUACAGCAGAAUCGUCCAAAUGCAAAGUGUGUUCAAGCUUGUGUGGCAGGAAGGGCAGGCCGCAAAGACUUUGUGGAAGAUGGCUUGAAUAGUGGAACAACCAGCCGACACAUGCUCUCCAAUCAUUCAACAAAGUCCCUCAUGUGCGAAUCCUUGAGCUCUUUGAUAGAUUUGCAUUUAGCUGAGCACGGAAGCCAUAUUGACUACCUAUCUCUAGAUGUAGAAGGUUCUGAGCUUGAGAUCUUGAGAACAUUCAACUUCCAGAAACAUCAAGUUGACGUUAUCAGUGUCGACAUCGAUGACAUUCUUCCAGAAACCAUGUACAAACGCCUGUCGAGACUGCUCCGCAGAAAUGGCUACCGCUUCCUUGACCGAAUUGUAGCAGAUGAGAUCUGGGUCCGGCAACGAGGAUUCUAUCCAGACCCGAGCUGCUCUCUGCGCUCGGUGAUGUUGCAGACAACUCCUCCAUUUGUUCCAAGUAUAAGUUGGGGUGGUGUUCGGAGUAUGUUGACGCAAUUGCUAAAAGCAGGCGGGCCAGAUCAGCUAGGCCCUAAAGGCCUACUUGAACGAAAUGAAGUAGAAGAGCUUUUCACUGAAUGGUCCACUGGCGAUUUGACAAGUUGGGAGGAGCAAUGUCCGGUAGGAAUGCUGUCACUGGGACUUGCCUUCUCUCUAAUGCGAGAUCGCCAGAAUGAAGUGCCGCAAACAAAUCCUGAUUUGAUCCGUGAGCUUCGGCAGCAGACAAUUUUCUAUUGGAACACACGCCUUGUCGCAAUGCUCGAUACCAUAGACUUUGAUGAUAUCCGGAAGCAGUCUGAAAUGGCCGCAGAAGACUUUCGAUUUCGUUUGCCCUUGGGAAGAUCAUGGCAUUUGUCGAGCUUCGAGGAAAUCCUAGAGUCUGGUUGGCCAUUGUUUGGUUUACUUGCUCUUUGCAGCAAGAGGAUGGCAAUGAUCCCACAGCUUUUUGAGCAUUUGAAUUUCGAUCGAUUUGAAGAAGUUCGCCCGAUCAGCAUGCCCCGCAUUCGAUGCCAGCUCAGCGUGUCCUCACAAAUUUCCUUGGAUCAAAAAGCACCGUGGGACGCUCCAGGUAAACGGAAUCUACGCAAACAUUGCUGCUCAAUUCCGACACGUGUAACUUGCUUGGCACAGCUGCAAGCUACUUUCAUCAUAUUCGACGUGAACUGAGCAGACUCUUUGCAGAGAAGAAGGAGGGGCAUCGCAAAUUUGCAUCGUUUGACCGCAUCGCGAACUGGAGUGCAUCUUGUUCGGAGGGUCCACCUUUGAAGCCAAGUUCUUGUCAUGAGAAGAGCCUGCAUGAGUGUGCUGCGCUUGGUCACGAUAGCAAGGCCAUUCCUGCGAAAUGCAUGGCACUUCACCAGUCAGGUGGCAUGGCUUCCGGCUUGAGAUUGCGGCGGAAGUUUCGCUUUUCUGACAAUAGGAUGAGCAAUUGGCUUGAUCAGGGUGAACGGCUUUUCCGUGUGUGGGUCGAACGCCAUGGCCUCUAUUUUGCCUUAUGGUCUGCUGGCCAAAUGGAACUGGCGCCUCUGCAAAAGAAGUCAGAGACUGGCGAGGAUCGGGAAACAAUGUUUGAUGUUUUGCAUAGUAUUCAAGAGCAGCUCUUCCUGGUGGAGGGUUACCCAGUUUACCGUGCUGCGAUUUGAUGCAUCGUGACGUUCUGUGGCACUAGGAGUGUUCGCUUACCCAAAGCUUCCACUGACAUCCAAGUCCGGAAC